CUCCAACAAGAGAACUCGUGAUCGUGACUACCACGUGCACUCGAUGGAAGACAUUUUACCCAUGUUUGACUAUCAAAAUGCCUUCGCACUUCUACCUGCAGAAGCUUCCCCCCACCUGUAGAUGGCUGCUGCUGCUGCUGCCGCCAAUAUUACAGCAGUAAUUUACCUCUCCUUCAAUCGAGUCAACCCUAACUCCCCAACAGAUCCACGACCCCAGCAACUUCAACGCUCUUUUUCAGCUAACAUUCUUCGUACGACUAGAGUUUGUCCGGUUUCUUCUUCUUCCUCCCCUGCGAUUGCGGUCUGUAAUACCACUCUUACUAAAUUCAGGUUUGGGUUCCCCUAUCGGAGAAUUUCCCCCAGGUUCAGGUCAUCCAGGGCAGCAGCUUUGCCGAUGUUUUCGGAGAACCCAGUUGUCGGAGAUGUCGUUGCCUCCGCUUUGACCGGCGGGAUUGCUCUCUCCCUGCUCCGGUUCUGGGGAGAGAUUGCCAAGAUGGGGGUUCUUGAUCAGAAACUAAAUAGGAAGCUUGUGCAUGUUAGCAUUGGACUUGUUUUCAUGCUUUGCUGGCCAAUGUUCAGUUCUGGUAACCGUGGAGCUGUUUUAGCAGCUUUGAUUCCUGGUGUCAACAUAAUUAAGGUGCUUCUUCUAGGACUUGGAGUGUAUGAAGAUGAGGCAACUGUGAAGUCCAUGAGCAGAUUUGGAGAUCACAGGGAGCUUCUCAAGGGACCACUGUAUUAUGCAACCACAAUUACCCUAGCUUGUGCUCUCUGUUGGAGAACUUCUCCAAUUGCGAUUGCAGCAAUCUGCAACCUUUGUGCUGGAGAUGGUUUGGCUGAUAUUAUGGGGAGGCGGUUUGGUAGCAAAAAGUUACCCUACAAUAAAAAUAAAUCCAUUGUUGGCAGUAUUUCAAUGGUUGUUGCUGGUUUCUUAGCAUCCAUCGGGUACAUGCACUACUUCUCGACAUUUGGGUAUGUUGAGGAAAGUUGGCAAAUGGCAUACAGGUUCUUUGUAGUUUCUCUUGUUGCUGCAUUAGUUGAAUCUCACCCUAUAAGCACCGAGCUUGAUGACAAUUUGACAGUUCCCCUAACCUCUGUUUUGGUGGGUAGUUUUGUUUUUUGAUGCAAGAGGAAAGAAGAAGCCGAUAGUUACUCCUUGUAUAACAUCAUGUAGCUUUACAUAGCGAUCAAUCGCAGGAGAGGGAGUCGUUUGGCUGGCAAGGAUAUAUUGUGGCAGUUCUUGUUUUCUAAAUCUUUGUUGAUAUUAACAGGGAAAUGCUGUUAAAACCUGGAGGCAUGUAUCCUCAGUCCAAUUUAUGUCCAGUGUGUAUAAAACAGUACCAGUACCAGACCAGCCAGUUCAACCGGGAACUGGCCAUUGCACCAGUCUGGUUGUAUACAAACGCCGGAAAAUGAAUAAAAACCAGUCAAAACUGUGGAACCA